UAUAUUACGAUAUCCAAUCAAAUUUGGACACGAUUGGCCGUGUACCAGUGACUGUACACGCGUAUAAGUAAUAGGCAUUUUAUAUGACAGGUGGAAAAGAAAUAAGUCUGAAAUUUUGAAGAAACUAAACAGAGGAUAUUUCAGCGUUAAAGAAAAUGAGAAAGUUACUGUUUCUUGGUUUGGCCAUUUUGUUGGUAUCAUGGUCCAGAGCUGAUGAUGAUGAGGGUGAGAAGAAAAAAGACAAAGAAAGUAUUGGGACAGUAAUUGGAAUUGAUUUGGGAACCACAUAUUCAUGUGUUGGUGUAUUCAAAAAUGGACGAGUAGAAAUCAUUGCCAAUGACCAAGGAAACCGUAUCACCCCAUCCUAUGUUGCCUUCACAGCAGACAAUGAACGAUUGAUUGGAGAUGCUGCUAAAAAUCAGCUGACCUCCAACCCUGAAAACACCAUUUUUGAUGUCAAACGUUUGAUUGGUCGCACCUGGGAUGACAAAUCUGUUCAGAAGGACAUUCAGUACUAUCCUUUCAAAGUCAUCAACAAGAAUGGAAAACCACACAUCAGUGUCGAGGCUAACGGUGAGGAGAAAGUCUUUGCUCCUGAAGAAGUUUCUGCCAUGGUUCUUGGAAAGAUGAGGGAAAUUGCUGAAGGAUUCUUGGGCAAAAAGAUCAACAAUGCUGUAAUCACUGUCCCUGCCUACUUCAAUGAUGCCCAGCGUCAGGCCACAAAGGAUGCUGGAACCAUUGCUGGUCUCAAUGUCAUGAGAAUUAUCAACGAGCCAACUGCAGCUGCUAUUGCUUAUGGUUUGGACAAGAAGGAAGGAGAGAAGAACAUCCUGGUCUUUGAUCUUGGUGGCGGUACCUUCGAUGUCUCUCUGCUGACCAUUGAUAAUGGAGUGUUUGAGGUUGUUGCUACAAAUGGUGACACUCACUUGGGAGGAGAGGACUUUGAUCAGAGAGUUAUGGAGCACUUCAUCAAGCUGUACAAGAAGAAGAAGGGCAAAGACAUCAGGAAGGACAACCGUGCUGUUCAGAAACUCCGUCGUGAAGUGGAGAAAGCCAAGAGAGCUCUUUCCUCCCAGCAUCAGGCCAAGAUUGAAAUUGAAUCCCUGUUUGAUGGAGAAGAUUUCUCAGAAACAUUAACCCGUGCCAGAUUUGAGGAACUCAACAUGGACUUAUUCAGAUCCACAAUGAAACCAGUGAAACAGGUCUUGGAAGACGCUGACUUGAAAAAAGAAGAAAUUGAUGAAAUUGUAUUAGUUGGAGGCUCCACUAGAAUCCCUAAGGUCCAACAGCUUGUCAAAGACUUCUUCAAUGGAAAAGAGCCAAACCGUGGAGUCAACCCUGAUGAGGCUGUUGCUUAUGGAGCUGCUGUACAAGCUGGAGUGUUGAGUGGAGAGGAAGACACUGGUGACCUUCUGCUGUUGGAUGUUAACCCCUUGACCAUGGGUAUCGAGACUGUUGGCGGUGUCAUGACCAAACUCAUCCCUCGUAACACUGUUAUCCCCACCAAGAAAUCUCAGAUCUUCUCCACAGCUGCUGAUAACCAACCAACUGUGACCAUCCAGGUCUUUGAAGGAGAACGUCCAAUGACCAAGGAUAACCACUUGCUCGGAAAGUUUGACCUGACAGGAAUUCCCCCAGCACCUAGAGGAGUCCCACAGAUUGAGGUUACAUUUGAGAUCGAUGUAAACGGUAUCUUGAAGGUUACAGCUGAGGACAAAGGAACAGGAACCAAGAACCACAUUGUUAUCCAGAACGACAACAACAGACUCUCACCAGAAGACAUCGAAAGAAUGAUCAAUGAUGCUGAGAAGUUUGCUGAUGAUGACAAGAAAGUGAAGGAGAAGGUUGAAGCCAAAAAUGAACUCGAAAGCUAUGCAUAUUCUCUUAAAAAUCAGAUAGGAGACAAAGAAAAAUUGGGAGGAAAAUUGAGUGAUGAGGAUAAAAAGACAAUUGAAGAAGCUGUGGAUGAGAAAAUUAAGUGGAUGGAAUCUAAUGCUGAUGCUGAAGUAGAAGACUUAAAAGCACAAAAGAAAGAGUUAGAAGAGAUUGUGCAGCCUAUUAUGACCAAACUUUAUCAGGGAGCAGGUGGUGCCCCUCCCCCAUCAGGAGAAGAGGGUGCUGAUGAGAAGGACGAGUUAUAAAGACAGUUUCUCAUUAAUUCAUUAGUUUUUUUUCAUUCAUUAUCAAUCAGGGGUCCUUUGACAAAUUUAAUGAAUGUUUUGUCUUUCAGUUAAGUGCUAUCAAUUUAUAUAUCUUCUCUCCGUUUUCUAAAAUGUAGUCAGCAUAAAACACUGAUAACAAUUUUGGGGCCACAAGAAAGUUUUUAAGUAUAAGUAGAAAUUCUGUUUAUAAAAUUAAGGGGCAUGUCAUUUCCUUUUGGAUGAGUGCUUGUAUUGUAGAAUAAAAGCUCAUGUAGCAUAAUUAUUUUUUUUACCAAAUCAUCAUGUAUUCCACAGCAGAUUUUAGUUUCUUGAGUUUGACAUGAUGUACCAUUGUAUAGCUGUUUCUUCUGGCAGAGGUGUGGAGAGAGCAUGGAAAGGAAAAUUAGCAACAUGGGAGAUGAUGCAACCUUAUUCCUUGCAACUUGCAUCAUAGUAAUAUGGAUCUUUCUGCUCUAUUUAUUGAUGAUAGUGUGCUAGUGUAAGUGCUGAGUGGUUGAAAUGAGAGUUUCUCUGAACAAGUUUGAUGGAUGAAAUCCAUGUACAAGUGAAAUUGUUGUUUUGAAUGUAAAUGUACAUGUUUAUGAUGGAUGUUAUUAAAAUUCUAAAAUUUAA